GGGGGGGGGUGUGGCCUCGCGUCACGUGACGCGGUAGUGUUUUGGCGCCAAAAAACAAGUUGAAAACCGCGGGGCCCAACGACAACAACAUGUCGGCCUUGGAUGGCGACGCGGCGAGGUCGCUGCAGGAUGUGAGCGAUCGCCUGGCACGGGUGGCGCUUGGAUGUCCUUUGGGCACCCACGACGAGGCUGUGACGUUGGGCGAGGAGGAGGGUGCCCUCCUGAGGGCGGUCAGUUUCUGCGAGGAAUUGCAGCACCAGAGCCAGGAGCUGCAUGCUGUAGGCGCAGCGUACAUCAAGGAUAAGGAACAGGAUAUUUCCCCAAAUGCCCUUCAUAGAGAGAUUCUGGACUUGCAUAAAACAUUGGAGAAAUCAUCUGGAUUCACCUCCAACAAGGAACUCGUGAUUAACAACUUGCUUACCAACAGGGCACUUAUCCAGACAAUGACGGAGAACAGCAGUGAAAAGACAGAGGCAAUUUUAGCACAGCUCUUUCACAAAACCUCACUGAGUCAGCAGAUUAUUGCAGCUGUAGAGAAAAAGAAUAAGCUCCUUCAGGAGCUCCUAGAGACCCAAAGCGAGGUACUAGCCAUGAAGGAACAGAACCAGGCUUUGCUGAAGGAGGUGAAGGAGGUGAUUGGGGCCCAAGUGAGUCACAGCCAACAGCCGCAGACAAAGCAGCAACUGGCCGGGAGCCACAAAUUGACCAUUGCCAACAAUCGUGUCACCAUUCUCCGCAACGUGUUGCAGGCUCUUAUACAAAGCAGUGGUAUCAAUUGGGCUGCAGAUCCUAACCUACUUGGUUUUGUCCUGCAAAUGGGCAAAGACAAGAAGUUUUAACCGUGUUAAAAUACUAAGUGAUUUUUGCUAAGUCUCUAAAACAUCUACAUUUGUAGUUUUAUUUGCACAAGUACAUUUUUAAUUUUUGUGUUUUUUCUUCUGUAAUAUAAGCAGCAAUGUUAUUAAUUCCUUAUCCAUCUAAAAAGUGAAAUAAAAACAUACUCUUGAACGAGA